UUUUAACCUUCGGCUGGUCAUGGUUGUCCAAAUCCAAUAACAGCAAAAGCAAUUUUGUUAUGUGGUAUGGCAAGAGAUAAGUAGAACCACAAUCUAUUGACUUCAAACCCAUUAUCAACUUGGUUUUGGAAACAAAAGUCUAUUUUUGUAGCCAUGAACAUGAUCACCUCAUCCAGCUUAGUCUUCAGCUUCCUAUUCUGCCUCAUGGUUUCAAUGCUUCUUCUUCCCUUGCCCUCCCAUGGUGCAGACCCUGAUCCGUUACAAGACUUCUGUGUGGCAGAUUUGAGUGCUUCCACAUCAGUUAAUGGCUUUCCCUGCAAACCCGUCUCGAAAACUACUUCUGAUGACUUCUUCUUUGAUGGACUGAGCAAAGAAGGGAACACGAGCAAUCCCCUUGGAGCGAACUUAACAGCUGGGAAUGUCCUUGCAUUUCCUGGCCUCAACACUCUUGGGAUAUCAAUGAACAGAAUUGACUUUGCGCCGGGCGGGAUUAAUCCGCCCCACUCGCACCCUCGUGCAAGUGAGUCCGGUGUAGUCAUUGAAGGGAAGCUCCUUGUAGGGUUUGUGACAACCAAUAAUGUGUUUUACUCCAAGGUUUUGAGUGCUGGGCAGAUGUUUGUGAUUCCAAAGGGACUUGUUCACUUUCAGCUGAAUGUUGGAGAAGGGAAGGCUCUGGCCUUCACAGCUUUCAACAGUCAAUUGCCUGGGGCUGUUGUGCUUCCUUUAACUCUGUUUGCUUCGACGCCUUCGAUUCCCGACCAAGUUUUAACUAAGGCCCUUCGAGUAGAUAAAGAUGUCAUCAACACCAUCAGAUCCAAGUUUGGCUUUUAAAAUCCUGUGUAUUAUACGUUUGGUUUUGUCUCUCUUCCCCCUGUUUUCUUUGUUGUUAUAUCAGUCUGUUUCCAGGUCUGUUGGCCAUCAACGGAUCAUACAGUAAUAGUUUCACUUGUUCAUAUUGUACUUUCAGUAAAGACUAAUACUUUCACUUUAUUUUCAA